AUGAGGCGAUGGCGGGUGUGGCCUGCGUGGUUGCUUUUCCUGGGGUCUUUGACCUGGCCAAGCCAAAGGGACGUCGAGGGGCAAGCUGGCUUUGUGCAGCCUCGUAAGGGGCCAGUGCCGGGACGGAGUAGGAGAGGCCCUGGUGGACUUCGCAGUUUCUACGGGGAUUCCAUCCCUGUGCCUCCACCUGGGCAUCCCGACCAUCCAGUUGGUGCUGAGGUUCAGCCAUUUGCCAAUCAAAAUGGAGGUGUUGACGACACCAUCGCGCCACCCCGCCUGUACAUGUUACAUGCCUGCGUUUGGCACACGACCUUCAAUGGUGCUCAAGUAUGGUCCAGCGGCAAGCCCGCUCGCGCGAGGCUACGCGGUGGACUGCAGUGCAUGGCACACUUCUGGGAGUGCACAGCGGGAGCAGCUGGUGGACCAGGUUGGUGGGGGCUGCCUUUGCCACUCGCCGAUCCCUGCCCCCCUGAGCAUGGGUGGCAGGUCUUGACAGUGCUGCGGAAGAACGGCUUCGCAGUGCUGGAGGGCAUGGUCCCCGCGGCCGAGCAGCUGGCGAUGGAGGCGGCGGCCGUGCGCCACUUCGAGACUUUGCCCGAGGGCUACUUCACCUCCCCGCUGCGCGCCGAUCGGUCUCAGGUCCACGUCCCCUACGAGGAGUUGUCGAACUCGCAAAAGAGAAGAGAAGAGAACACUGCAGCAGCAGAGCCCUGGAACGCCGACUGGCUGGUGCCCAACGACCUCGUGCUGAAGGUCACGGCGAGGUAUGUGAUCAACAACAUGGCCUGUGGGAGGUCCGAGGAAGAGCAGCAAGCGGCCUGGUGCCAGUGGGUGACGCAGGGUUCCGACAUGAACUGGUUCUAUCAAGUGCCGCCACAGCAGGGUCCCUUGGCAACCGAACCGCCACAUGGCUGCACUUGCGUCGGGAAAGCUGAAGAGCUUGGGCCCUGGCUGGGACGGGUGAUGAUCACCAAGACCCCGAAGCAGUCACCUUUGAUGACCCGGCACAGGGACAUCAUCCUACCGGGCCCUUUCGCGCAGCUCACCGUCGGCGUCCCUCUGACGCCCUUGGUGGCCAACAACGGCCCCUUAGCUCUGAGACCCGGUUCCCACGUCAUGGACAGCCCCGGCUACGAGGUGGUAACCAACAUCCCCCACGGUUCCAUCAUGCUCUACGAUUCCUUCGUCGACCACCGGGCCGUCGAGCAUCAUGGCACAGAAGACCGGUACGUCCUCUACUACGAGUUCGAGACGCGGGGCAUCUUCACCGGCUACGUGGACGGCCACUUUGGGAAAGAGGCCUCCAAGUCUGAGCAUGACUUCCGGGAGGUCGUCGAUCCCGUCCUUCGGAGUUAUGUGGCGCAACUUCAAGACCAGCGGAUUAUGGCGUAG